AUGAACAUUACAAAAAACAACUUAAAAACUUUUAAUCUAUUAAAAAAAAAUGAAAGAAAUGUAAAUUUGUUUAAACAUAAAAACAAUUUUUACCUAAAACAUAAAGAAUUGAUCAAAGCGUGUGAAAAUCAAACAAAUAAAGAGAGCAUAAUUUUAAAAAGUUAUUUAUUUAAAAAGGAAAAAGCUUAUUUAAAUGAAAAAGAUAUUGGAAAAAUUCUGAACAAAGUUAUAAAAAAAAAAAUAAAAAAUGAAUAUGUAUGGAAUAGCAUACAAAAUCUACUUUUUAAAUUUCAUUUAAAGCAUAUAGAAGAAAAUAAUGGUAAUGAGAUUAAUGGACACAAUAAAAAUGUAAUUCCAACUAAUAACCAACCAUCAUUUUUUUAUUAUAAUCAAAAAUUUGAUCAUAUAAAUGUAUAUUUGUUAUCUAUAGCCAUUAAAACAUUAAAUAAAAGAAAUGCAUGUAUGUUUAAUUUUCUUUUCUCAUAUUUGCAACAUUUCAAUGCAUCCAUAGAACCACGGCAUUUUAUUCACAUAUUUCAUGUCUUAGUCAAAAAUACAUAUAGAAAUUUAAUAAAUAAAUCAAAGGGAAAUAGUGACAAUUUAAAAUAUGAUAAAUGUACACAUUUGGAAAAAGAAAAUGAUACAAAUAAUUACAUGAAAACUAUCAGGGAAAUAUAUCGAGAUAAAAUUAUAUGUUCAGAAAAAAAUUUAAUAGAAUUACUAACUAAAUAUUGUAUUGUAAAUAUAAACUAUUUUUCCUAUAAUGAUAUAGGUUUGAUAUGUGAAUCUCUUUGUUAUUUUUCCAUAAAGAAUAACCCAUUUUCUGAAUAUUGGAAUGAUUUUCUUUUUUAUAUAUUCGAUUUAAAUAUAAAAGGAAAGGGAGAAAAUGGUAAAAUCCAUAUUAUAGAAAGCUCAACACAAUGUGAAAAAUUAUGUACAGGCAAUAUUUUUUUAAAAAAUUAUGAACAUUCAGAAAUAUUUUUAGAAAAAAAAAAGUUAGCAUCAAAUUUUUAUAUGGAUGAUAAAUAUGUUGAAUUAAAUGGAAAGAAUGUGUUAAGUAUACUUAAAUAUGUUUAUAAUUAUCAUAAUAUAUUUCCUGAUAUUAUAUAUAUAGGGACAAAAUUGAAGCAUAUCUUAUUAAAAAAUAAUCUAGAUAUCACAUUACACGAAUAUUCAGAAAUUUUAUACUAUUUGAACUGUUUAAAUGAAUUGGACUUAACAUUCUUGAAGGAAAAAACAAAUUUCUAUCAAUAUGAAUUAGAAUCCGAACUGUUAAGCACAUAUGAUAUAGAAUGUUUAUUAAAAAUAAGUCAGAUAUAUUUCUCUUAUUUUGUUGAUAUACCCUUUUUAGUUAUUUUUUUGAACAAUGUGCAUAAAAUAUCCACAGAAAACAGUUUGGUAUUAUUAAAAUUGAUGUUAAAAUAUUAUGAGUACAAUGUAUAUGAUCACAAAAUAUCAGCACAAAGGAUCAAACUUAAUAAUACAUUAUAUUCUAAUAUAAUGUAUGGCAAUAUAUCAAGUUACUAUUAUCAAAAAACGAGGACAUAUUUUAUGGAUCAUAUAGCAUUAAACAAUACACAUUUUGAUUAUUCAUCUCAUGAAAUUGCUCAAAAUGAAUAUAAUGAUGUUGCAAAUAAUAAUUAUAAAAUAAAUAAAAUAAAAUUUAUUGAGGAAAAUUUAUAUGAUGAAAGAAACAGUUUUCGUGAUAACUCAGUAAUUAAUAAUUCAUAUGAAAGCCAAAAUUGCGCACAAAAUUUAAUUGAUCCCAAUACAUAUAGCGAUAAAAAUAAUAAACUAACAAAUAAAUUAUUAAAAGGGGGAAGAAAAAAAAGAAAAGUAUGCAAAAAUCAUGAUCAAGAUGACUUUUAUAGUAACAACAAUUUGAUAUGGAGUCUUUUUUUAUCCUUAUAUUCAACAUGCUCUGAAAUGAUAAAUACAUUUUCACACAAAGAAAUAUUUUUUUUAUGUGAUAUAUUAAAUAAAGAAAAUUUUGUUCAUUAUGGUGUUAUUAAAGGAAUAUCCAAUAAAGUUAGUGAAGAUUUGAACAAGUGGAAAUUGGAUAAUUCACAUGAAAGCAAAAAUUACAUUGACAAAUAUUAUGCUGAUUACCUUGUUUUUGUUGGUUCAUUUAUUUAUGAUCAUAAUAAUGGAGAAAAUAUUAUAGACUUUUUACUGAAUAUUUUUUUAAAUAGUAACAAUGAUAAAAAAAAUUCUGUUCAAUCAAGACUUUAUUAUUAUUACGCCUUUUAUUUGCUAAACUUGAAAAUAGCGAACAAAAAAACAGCAUCAAUUGAACAUUUAAAUUUGUUGAUAAAAAAUGUCACUCUAUUUAAUUAUUCCGACUUAUAUAAUCAUAUUUUGAUAUAUUUUUUAAAAAGUUGUAAAAAUAAUUAUAAAUAUAUUAUAAAGAACAAAAAAUUAAAUUUCAAUGAAAAAAAAAAAAAAAUACAAAAAAAAAAUGGUCAACCAUCCUCUAAAGAUAUUGUAAUAAAUAAUUUGUUAAAUAAUAUCUAUUAUUCAAAUGUUUGUAUUUUUAAUAUAAAAGGUUUUAAUAUAGAGCUCCUUAAAAUAUUUUUAUAUUUGUGGAAUAUCAAUCAAACUCGACCAGGCAGACGAUGUCUUGAUUUUAUAGUUACACUAAAUAAAUUUUAUGACGAUAUAAGUGUAAGAACAUAUAUUUGCUCAUAUAAUAUAAUUAAUAUGUUAAGUCGCUAUGUUCAUUUAUUACAUAUUAAAAAUGCGGGGAACAAAAAAAAAACAGCACCAAAUUAUAUUUUCUAUCUCAACGAUCAAAUAAAAGGAGCCAUACUUCGUUUUAACUUAGAAAAUGCUUUCUCAUUAUUUAAUAAAGAAAAAAAAGACAAAAAUAAUUGUUUAGAAAAAAAUGUUUUUUUGCAAGAUAACUAUUCUGAUAAAAUUGAAAAAAUAAAAAAUAGCGAAAACUAUAUAUUGAAUGAUUAUAAGCAUAAAAAAAACAUUGUAACGAAAAAGGAGAUAAAAAACGCAAAGCCAGCCAAGUAUUUCAAAAAUUGUAAAAAAGGUCAGCCAGUUGACCAUUUUCUAUCGAUGUAUGUAAAUGAAUGUUUGAAACCUCAAUAG